UGUCAAAUAUUUUGUGACAAUUGUGUUUCUUUAUUUUCUCGUAUAAAGGUUUUGUUGGCAAUGUCUGAAAACAAGGAACUAAACCAUUCAACGGAACUGGAUAUAGCUGUUUGUUGCGGUGAUUUGCACCUUGUUGAACUGCUGCUCAGCAAUAACGCCGCCGAUGUAAAUGCACCUGGUGCCGCUUUCACACCGCUAAUGUUCGCCUGUUUGAACGGUCAGCUCGAGAUGGUGCAAUUAUUGCUGAGCAAUGGCGCCAAUGUUGAGGUGCAGGAUGAGAAAGGUUAUACACCGCUGAUGGGUGCUGCCAUGGAGGGCCAUGUGGAAGUAGCCAAGGUACUUCUUCAGCAUGGAGCCGGCAUCAACACCCAUUCAAAUGAGUUUUUUAAGAGUGCUUUGACACUGGCCUGCUACAAGGGCCACUUGGAUAUGGUGCGUUUGCUGCUGCAAGCCGGCGCCGAUCAUGAGCAUAAAAUCGUCGAGAUGCAGAAGGCUCUCAUAGCGGCUUCAAUGGGUGGCUAUGUCGAAGUAGCGCAAUUGCUAUUGGACUCCGGAGUCAAUAUGCAGAUUGAUUCAUUGCCGCUCACAUUGGCAGUCAACGGUGGUCACGUUGAGUUGGCCACUUUACUCUCCGAGCGCAAGGAACACGAGGAAAUGGUGGCACAGCUCGAUAAAAUAAAUUUGUAAAAGAAACAGAAAACUUAAAUAAAUGAAUAAGAAAAGUAAAACAGCAAAGAGAAAAGUUUAUGGUAAACAUUUUUAGUUGCGGACGAAUGAAUACAAAAGUGUAUUUUCAUGAACAC